AUGAAGCUGUUGAAACCCAACUGGGUGUCUCAUGAUGAUUUUCCGAUAUUUUCCGUGGAUAUCCAUCCUGAUGGCAAGAGAUUUGCUACUGGAGGCCAAGCUUGUGUAAACUGUGUGCGAUGGAGCGCUGGAGGUCUUCUGGCCUCUGGAGGUGACGACAAGGUAAUUAUGAUUUGGCGCUAUCACGGGAGUGGAGGAAGCGCGUCAUUUGGUGGCAAACCCAGUGUCGAGAGUUGGCGAUGCGUUUCGACACUCAGAUGUCACGAAGGAGACGUGCUAGACCUGGCCUGGGCACCCCACAGUCCUUGGCUAGCAUCUGCGUCCGUUGAUAACAGUAUCAUCAUCUGGGACGCCUCCAACUUCCCAAAUAUUAUCGCGAUUCUCAAAGGUCACACGGGUCUUGUCAAAGGUGUGACUUGGGACCCCGUUGGCAAGUAUUUAGCUUCCCAGUCAGAUGAUAAAUCUCUGAAGGUUUGGAGCACUACGGAUUGGAGUGAGACGACUUCGAUAUCAGAUCCUUUUGUUGAAUGUGGUGGUACAACUCAUGUUUUGAGAUUAUCUUGGAGUCCAGAUGGUCAAUAUUUAGUAUCAGCUCAUGCCAUGAAUGGCGGAGGACCUACUGCUCAGAUAAUUGAGCGUGGUAAUUGGACUUAUGACAAAGAUUUUGUUGGUCACCGUAAAGCUGUUACCUGUGUAAGAUUUAACAGCAAUAUAUUCCAAAAGAAACAAGGUGGAUCUUCAAAAGCGCGUGAAUAUUGUUGUCUGGCAAUUGGCUCCCGUGAUCGUGCUCUUUCGGUGUGGCUUACAUCAUUAAAAAGACCUCUGAUGGUCAUCAACGAAUUGUUCACCCACUCCGUGCUAGAUGCAAGCUGGUCGCCAUGUGGCUUAAGAUUAGCUGCUUGCUCUUGGGAUGGUACCGUAGCGUUUAUGGAAUUCACCCAGCAAGAAUUAGGUCGGCCGCUAAAUCCUGAAGAACAGUCAUUGGUUCACGGAGGAUUCACAGUAAUGGAAGCACCAGUUUUGUUGAAUAUGAAACCACCAGCACCAACAACUCAGUCACAACCCGCUCAACCAGUUUCAAACGGUUUCUCUCCUUCAGUUUCAUCAUCGCCUUCUCCUAUAAAAGCUCCGAUAAAUAAACAAAUAGAAAUGAGAACUUCUGAUGGAAGAAGACGAAUCACGCCAAUGUUCAUUCCUCCCCCACCAGAUACAGUGAAUUCUAGUGAAAGUACCGACACCACAGCAGCAAUAAAAAAUACUCCAACUUUUUCAAGCACAUCUCAGACUAAAAGUUCUAUCGUAAUUGAAAAACGUGACGACGUCGUAGCGCCUAACGUCACCACGACGACAAACAUGGCGACGCCGUCAACGUCGGCACCAGGACUUACGUUGAAACGUCGCGACCCAACAACCGCUCGGCCUAAUCAUCAUCAUCACCAUCAUCAUCAUCAUAGUCGAAAGCCGCGUUUGGUAAACGAUAAACAAGGCAGCAUUGUGUUUCCGGCGUUGAAACCCGUAGGUUCACUGUCACACCAAGCCGCUCACUAUGCUGUGACAGUCACAAACAAUCAAAAUUUAGCUCAUCUACAAGUCUUCCGAGGCACGGACUCAGAACCGACGUGGAACCUUCACUUAGGCUACAGUGCUGUUGCUUUGGCUGCUUCUGCGGCUGUCAUCGCCGUAGGAUUGGAAGACGGAAGUAUCCAUACGUUUGAUCCUACGAAAGGAUCACGACCUGCACCGCCUUUGGCUCCACCAGCUCCUCUUGCUAAACUCCAUGCUGUCGGUAAUGCAGUCAUGGUGAUAUCUUGCUGCGGUGCUGUUCGUGUUUGGGAAAUCGGCAGCACGUCAAAACUUAUUGUAUCUACUUCUGCUAGUCAUUUAGCAGCUUUUGGAGGUGCAUCGACUUUAGUUGGUAGCAGAACACCACGUGGUCCAUUGUCUUCAUUGCAAGAAGCAUUGAAUCGAACCGCUGGCGGUAUAAUGCCUAGUCCAAGACCACCACACAACGGCUCGAGUAUUGUUUCGUAUCUAGAACAACAGUUACUAGCUUCAAAAGCUUUAGGCAGUCAGCAGGAAUAUAUCCAUUGGUUCAUGGCUUUAAUUUCGUUUCUAUUAACUCAAGAUGGGCUGGAAAAAAGAUUGCGAAUAAUGCUUGAUGAUCUGAUGGGACCAAGUCACAGCACUGCGGCCAAAAGUACGUGGGACCCAAUGAUUCUCGGUAUUAGAAAGCACAAACUUUUGGCAGAUGCUCUUGGAGUAAUUGGCGGACAUUUACGAUGGCAGAGAUUAUAUUUAGAGUAUUCUGAACAAUUAGCUUCGCUCAAAAGCUAA